AUGGAGAAAGUUAAUAAGAAGUGCUACAGUGGAAGUGUUGAUGUGAUAAGCGUGCCAGGAGACGGAAAUUGCUUUUUCUAUUCGGUUAUCCAGCAGAUGACAGGAUGGACGACAUUCGAUACCAAAUUCCGAAACAAAUCAGCGGAGUUGAGAAAGGCCGUGGUGCAGCAUCUGCAAAAUCAUAAAGAACGAAUGAGAGAUGUCCUGCUGGGAGAAAUUGCAACUCUGAUGGAGUACAAUAACUAUGGAACGGACGAAGAAAAAAUUAUAAAAUUUCUGCAAGACUUGGAGAAGGAAGGUACGUGGGCAGGUACCGAAUCUAUAUUGGCAGUAAAGGAUUUAUUGGGGGUGAAUAUAUUGGUGUUCAACCCUCGAUACGCUUCCUUGCGUUAUACGCAUGGCAAUGGAGAAGGAAGGACAGUUCAAUUGUAUUUCAACGGAAUAAACCAUUACGAUAGCGUCUGGAACAACAAUGUAGUUCAUUUAGCUAACGAUAAGAGAAAUACGAAAGAACAGAACUUGUCGAUAAAUGCAGACAGAAUCACAGGAUUUGAAGAAUGUGAGAAAAUAAAAGUAUUGAACAAAAUAUAUUGGAUAACAGUAGAGGAUAAACGACUGAAAGUAAGAAGGAUAGUGGAAGGUAAAGAUAGUUAUCUGUGGGCAGUCAGCCAUCAAUUAAGUGGAAUAAACCCAGGAGCCAAAGAAUUUUCCGAAUUGCCAGAAGCAUUGAAAACUGAUUUGUUGAAGCUACAGGGAAACGAAGAGACACAAAUAAUGAAACCGACUAGAGAAAUUUGGAAAAAGAUAGCUGACACGUGGCAGAAAACAGUGAAUAUAUUUGAACAGAACGGGUUAGGAGGUGUUUUCGAACCAAAGGAAAAUAGAGCAGGACAUGGAGAAAUCAAUCUUCUUCAAAUGAACUUGAAUGGGGAAAGCCAAAUAGACAGCGUUGAAAUGGUGAUACAAAAACAAAAAGGACACAACACGGAGAAAUCAGCAGUUGAAGGAAGAGCUGAAAAUUCAUCGAAACGCGAUCACAUGGACUAUAACAAGGAAGAAGGAAUAACAAAUUCCGUUCUUAAAAUAGCUUCGAUAAAUGUGAGAGGAUGCUGUCAACUAUCAAAAAGAAAGGAGAUCGACGAGGAACUGCAUAAAGCCGCCAUUGACAUUGCAGUUCUACAAGAAGUCAAUGUGUCAGGAACAAAAAUAGAUACUUUCAAUUAUGAAUGGUGGAUAGCAGACCGCAGAAACAACAAUAACAUGAGAGGACUAGCCAUAUUAAGGCGAAAAAACGGGAAGGCUAGUGUGAAGAAUGUUAAAAAUGUGAAUAAAAACAUAAUGUCAGCUAUAGUUCAGUAUGAAGGAGUAAAAGAAGAUUGGUUGUUGGUGAAUGUACACGCUCCAAAUACAACUGCCAACUCAUUCUAUGCCAAUUUGGGAGCAUAUGUAAACGGAAAUCCAAAAAAGCAGCAAAUGAUAAUAUUGGGAGAUUUCAAUUCCCAAAUAGGAAAAGAGGAUGCAGAAGAAGAGGAACUGAAUAGGUUAGGGAAAUUUAUUGGACACCACAUAACAAAUGAUAACGGCGAACACAUGAAAAUAUUUUUAAAAAUUCAUAAGAUGAACGUAGUUUCUAUGAGAUACGAUAAAUCCGUGUUAGUAACUUGGGCAAGCACUCGACAUAGUUCACAAAUAGAUCAUGUAUUAGCUUCAGAAGAUACAGUAGUUAAAAUUAAAUAUGUUAGAGCUAAUUGGACCACAUUUCAGACAGAUCACAAAAUGCUAAUGAUAGGGUUAAAUACAGCACAAUGGAAAAAAGAUAUCAAGGAAAAGAAGCUUACUAAACCAACUAAUCCAAGUAAUCUACAACACAAAGAACAAAGAAAAGCGUACCACGAAGAACUGCAGAGCUAUGGCCCACUAGAAAUGGAAAAAUGUUCUAUCACAGAAGCUUAUAGCAGGGUAGUAGAAAAAGUUAAUAAUUGUGCAAAAAAGGUACUAAGAAAGGUAAAACUUUCGAUGACACCUAAGAGAAAAAGGCUUUAG